CUGUGCUGUGGUUACACGGGCCUCUAAAUAGGAAAAAAACAAAUAUCUCAUUUAGAAUUCGUAACAAGAAAGCUUUUGAAUAGAUAUUUAGUUACUCUAAUUUGGAAGACGGAAAGACAAAGGAAAUAAUUUCAGAAAAGGCGGAAAAACUCUACCUCUAACAAUUGCAUCACGUUGGUUGAUUUAUCAAUGCACAACACGCACACACACUGACGGGCUGACAGGAAGACAAAGAGAGAAGCAGGACCUCACACAGCAAGAAGGAACGUUUUGUCUAAUUUGAACAUAAUUGGCAAAAAUCAUUCGCUUUCAGGAAGUGAACACGCAUUCAAUAGGAAGAAGUGAGCAGACUAAUUAUUGAUGCUGCAGACCCUCACCAACCAAACAGAGGAUGGCUUCUCCUGCUACAGUCCUUCAGUGGAGGUCUACCGCUACUUUGCCGUGCUGUGGGGAUGUUCCGUCACCGUCACCGGCACAGUGGGGAACCUGAUGACCAUUCUGGCGUUUGCCUCAGACUCCCAACUGAGGACCCGCUUUAAUGUGCUGAUUGUCAACCUGGCUCUGGCUGACCUCCUGUACUGCACCGUGCUGCAGCCCAUUUCCGUCGACUCCUACCUCCACCUCAGAUGGCGAAGCGGCGAGCUCUGGUGCAGAAUCUUUGGCCUGCUGCUCUUCCUCUCCAACUCUGUCUCCACUAUGACUCUCUGCUUGGUGGCUAUCAGUCGCUACUUACUGGUUGAGAAAAGGGCAGUGUUCGACCGUGUCUUCUCAGACCGCGGACUGGCUUGCCUCCUGAUUGCAACGUGGGCGCUCGGCCUGGCCUGCUCCGGCCCGCUCUGGUCCGUUUAUGUGUUUGUGCCUCAGGUGUGCAUCUGCAGCUUCCACCGAAUCAGGGGUCGGCCCUACACCACCAUUCUGCUCUUCUUCUACUUCUUCGUGGGACUGGCCUGCGUCGGCACCUUCAACUUCCUCAUUUACCGACGCGUGCGGCUCGUGUCGCUGGCCUUGCUACGCUACAGGUUCAGCCGCCGGUCUUCCAAGAAAAAAGCCCCGGAAACAGACGAGAGCAGCGUGAGGAACAGCAUGGCCACUUGCAGCAGCGAGCUGGGCACCCAGGGCAAACUCACAGAGAUGGAGGAUCCCCUCCAAAAUAUGCAAUGCAAGACCUCAAAGAAACCAUCUGCGCACAAGCCAAACGCUGACGUUGGAAGAGUGCCACCUUCAAACCCUGCCAGCUCAGGAGAAGAUUUAGAAUUCAAGCGUGUGACGCGCAUGUGCUUUGGGGUUUUCCUGUCUUUUGUGUUUUGCUUCUUCCCCUUCAUGUUACUCAACAUUGCCGAUAAACGCAGCAGCGCCCCGCGGGUGUUGCACAUGUUGUGUUCCAACCUCACCUGGCUCAACAGCUGCAUCAACCCCAUACUCUACGCCGUCAUGAAUCGACAAUUCCGAAGGGCCUACAAUGUGCUGCUCACCAGGGCGGCUACACCUUUCUCAUACCUCUGGAUGCAAAGCUCCUAACUUCUUGCAUGCUGCAUGUACACUUUAGUUUGUAUUUGACUUUAGAAAGAAAGAAAGAAAGACAGAAAUAAA